AUGGGAGUACUGGCAAUGCAGAUCAUGGACCAUGGGCUGGAGAUGCAAUGUGGCAGUAGGAGGUACUCCACUCACUAUCAGUAUGAAGGUGACAGUGGCUGCCAGGAACAGAGGUCUCAGGGCAGCCCCGCCCAGCCCCUUUACCAGAUUCUCCUCUUUCAGCACAGGCACUCCAUACCCGAAGGGAACCUGCGUAUCCACCUGAAUCUUUAUGCUACCAAGAAAAGUGUGGCAGAGAGCAUGCCGGACGUGGCGCUCUUUAUAUCCAAUGCCUCACGGCUGAAAACAGUGCUGCAGCAAGGGCCAUUUGCGCUGUUCUACUCCACCCUCGUCACCUUCAUCAUUGUCUCUCUGCUCCUGUAAGUGGUCAUUGGCCUUCUUCUUGUAUUCAUCGCCAUGCUGAACCUGAAUGAGGUAGAAAACCAGAGGCAUUUAAACAAGCUCAACAAUGCUGCCACCAUCUUGGUCUUCACAACCGUGGUCAUCAACUUUUUCAUCACUGCUUUUGAAGCACACAAUAGAGACUCCAUGGCUGCCAGGACCUCCGGCAAGGAGGUCCCAGGGGAAUGA